AAGCGUUUCCGAUUGUCCCCCUCCCACUCCGCUGUUUUCUUCUAGAAGACAAAUCUUUUCUUGUCGCUUUCAGCUUGAUAUCUACUUUGCCUUUCUCUUGUUUCUAUAUACCAAGCAAACCGUAAUACACAGACCUGUGACUAUAAUGCAAGAAAUCAAGAACACUCCCACUCCCCCAUCUGAAAUGAUGGGUAAAGAAGACAAACUAGAGUCUCAGCCGACUUCUGGGUCAGAACAAUCAAGCACCCCAUCUCCACACAAGCGUAUACACGACCAUUUCUCCAAUACGGUUGAGACGAAAUAUGGUUACCUGCCACUCUUAGUGUGCUGUUUUGCCACAGGACUGACUGAUGGAACUUUAUACAAUGCUUAUGGCACAUUCGUGUCCAUGCAAACAGGAAAUACGAUUUUCGUCGCACUCGGCACCACCGGCCAAAAUAACAAGCCCUACGGCUGGGCGCGAUCACUUUGCUCGAUUGGGUGUUUUGCUAUCGGCUGUAUCGCUUUCGCAAGACUACACAAACUCAUUGGAGGCUCUCGAUUGCGACGUACAGUCAUAUUUUCGUUCUUCUUACAAACUGUCUGCGUCAUUAUAGCCACAUCCAUAAUUCAGAGCGGUAUUAUCGACGAUCGCUAUCCGCCCCUGGACCCCAACCGCGUCAACUUCACCGAACUUGCUGCCGUUGCCCUGCUUAGUUUUCAAGCUGCGGGGCAAAUUGUUAACAGCCGUGGCCUCGGCGUAGGAGAAGUGCCUACCGUGGUCAUCACGAGCUUGGUGUGUGAUCUGAUGAGCGAUGACUUGCUUUUCACAGGAUUAACAAAGAAUGCGAAACGGAACAGAAGGUUCAUCGCGUUUGUUCUUACCUUGUUGGGAGCUAUCUGUGGCGGUUGGAUAUCAAAGUCUACUCAAUCUGUUGGACCAUCACUGUGGCUUGUCGCGGGUAUCAAAGGGGUCAUUACUCUCUACUGGUUAGACUUGGUUCCUUGGGGGAAAUUCUUGGGUCGCAAGUGAAGCCAGGACGAAGAUUGAGGUCGUAUUUAAUUUAAAAUGCACGCUUGACAACGACUAGAUUGUUGUUAAAUACCUAUGUUACUGAGCUGCGUUGCUCCUGAUGUUUGUCCCCAGGAUAGAAUGCACAUUGCCAUCUCAGACACGAUAGCUCAGCGUGGAAUGAAACACAGCUCCUAUCGACGACACCCCUUAAGCAAGUGUGUCCCAAAUAUUAAGCCCGAUACCGGAACUGCAAAAAUCAUUCGGGACAGUCACCAAGCAAUC